AUCCUCACAGUGCCCCUCGACGCAGUGAAAGCCACGUCGGACAUGUUCUUCCGGAACGAGUGGACGAUAAUGCAGGAGGUAGGAGAUUUGCCGCGGCCGCCAUCUCUUGAAAGUUUUCAUAUUUGGCGAAGGGGGGGAAUUGUGAAGAUGGCUGGGAGACCUUCCCCUUGCCAUGUCCUUCUGCACCAAUGGCGUCCUCCUCUUCCGCGCUCUCUCUCGCCCUCAGCCUUCCUCCUUCUCGCCUUUGCACCCCCCACCGCCACCAAGCGUUACAGCCCUCCCCAGUUUCCUUCUUGACCGCCACAACCCUCAGCAGUGUUCCGGCCUUCAGCUCACUCGUCCUUUGCCGGAAGCGCCCUCAGGAAGCGCACCUCCGGUCUCGCCAAAGCGCUGGCGAUUACGCGCACUAUGCUCCAAUAGACGCUCUCGAUUCGCAGACACGCGAGGAAGAUGGCGGGAGGGAAGAGGAAGAACAGAUUUCUAGGGCAACGCUGAUAUGGAGGGCGGUGAAACUUCCUAUUUACACUGUUGCGCUCAUUCCGCUUAGUGUUGGUAGCUCGGUGUCGUAUUUCCAGACGGGGAUUUUUCACGCCGGGCGGUACUUUGUGCUCUUGUUCGCGUCUAUCUUCAUUAUCGUUUGGCUCAAUUUGAGUAAUGAUGUUUUCGAUUCGGACACGGGCGUCGAUAAGAACAAAAAAGAGUCCGUGGUGAACAUCGUUGGCAGUCGUGAUGCAACUCUUUACGCUGCCAAUGUAUUCCUUGCUGCUGGAUUAGCCGGCCUCAUCUAUGCUUGCGUCCAAGGGGGUGAUCUCCGAGCUAUCGCAUUGUUAAUUGGCUCCAUAGUUUGCGGAUAUGUUUAUCAGUGCCCUCCGUUCCGGCUCAGUUACAAAGGACUGGGAGAACCACUUUGUUUUCUAGCCUUCGGUCCUCUUGCAACUACUGCAUUCUACCUAUCACAAGGGAGCAAGAGUGAAGCUAUUCAACUCCCCUUGACAGUUCACAUUGCAUCUGCAUCGAUACUUGUGGGCUUGACAACAGCACUGAUUCUCCUUUGUAGUCACUUUCAUCAGGUUGAUGAAGACCGUGCUGUUGGCAAACUUUCUCCUCUGGUUAGAAUGGGAACAAACACGGGAUCUGUUGUGGUGAAGGCUCUGGUUGUGACAUUAUAUGUGGUUUUAUCAGCUACGGUUAUACUGAAGACUCUUCCUUUAUCAUGCUUAUUUCUGUGCAUGCUUACUCUACCAAUAGGAAGAAUGGUUAUUAAUUACGUUGAGCAAAAUCAUAGUAACAAGAUCAAAAUUUUCAUGGCAAAAUAUUAUUGUGUCCGGCUUCAUACGCUGUUUGGAGCUGCAUUAACUGCUGGUCUGGUUGUGGCAAGGAAGAUGGUGGUUAUUUGAAUUCUUCAAUGGUGACUCAUGAAAGGGACAAGGAAGUAAUGCAUAGAUAAUUUCCUCUAAGCAUCCAGUCUGUUCCCCUUUUUUCAAUCAGCCAGCGGCAAUGGAUUCCAUCUUACUGGUGCUAGUGAAAAAUUGACCUGCAUGUGCAGCGUGCUGUGUACAUGGGCCAAGAAAGGAUCUGGGGGCUUCUAUCUUACUGGAGCUAACUGGACCUGCUUGUGCAGCGAGCUAUGUACAUUGGGCAGGGAAGAAUCACAAUCUUGAGACUGGGGACUCCCUUCUCCAUGUAAUUUGUUGUGCCGCUUGCCAGGAGUAAAUGUUUUUAUCUGUAAUUAAGCCCCUUGGUUAGCCAAUGCUGGUUUUGUAAGGCUAUAAAUUCCAGGAAUCAUGGAUACUGUUGGGUACUAA